AGAGGGAGAGGGGUAUAGAAAAUGCGAGAGAGUCGGAAACAAUUAAAAAAUGCCUUCCACGUCCUAUUACUCUUCAGUUAUCGCGUGCGCCUCCCGCUAUCGUGCGCCCCUGAAGUUAUCCUUUUUAUACCUCACUCCCCGCCACUUCCACCACCGCCGCCUUACCACCAUCCCUCCCUUGCAGCUCGCCGCCGCCCUCACCACCUUCUCCUCCCGCUGCUGCCGCCUUCCUAGCCCUCACCUCUCCACGGGGAACUCUCUCUUCUCCCGCAUGGAGGUCAUGAGACGGAUCUUUAUGUUACCUUUAAUCUCAACAUUGUUUUAUGUUUCCCACCAGCGAUUCUGGACUGGUAGUAGUAUCAGUAAGAACAAACAAAUGGUGGAGCAUUUGCAAAGCUAUGGAGUGCUAAGGUCAAAGAAAGUAGCAGAAGUAAUGGAAACCAUUGAUAGGGCUUUGUUUGUACCUGAGGGCGCACCACCAUAUGUUGAUAGUCCAAUGCAGAUAGGUCAUAAUGCUACAAUUUCUGCACCUCAUAUGCAUGCCAUGUGCCUUGAGUUGUUGGAGGACCACUUGAAGCCUGGCAUGCAUGCUUUGGAUAUCGGUUCAGGGACGGGGUAUUUGACUGCAUGCUUUGCGGUUAUGGUUGGACCACGAGGUCGUGCUGUUGGUGUAGAACAUAUUCCUGAGUUGGUUGAAUCUUCCAUAAAAAAUAUCCAAAAGAGUGCAGCUGCUCCACUCUUUGAACAAGGAUCCCUCUCGGUACAUGUUGGUGAUGGGAGACUAGGAUGGCCUGAGUUUGCACCUUAUGAUGCUAUCCACGUUGGAGCUGCUGCACCUGAAAUUCCUCCGGCACUUAUCGAACAAUUGAAACCUGGUGGUAGAUUGGUGAUCCCAGUGGGGAACAUCUUCCAGGACCUGCAAGUUGUAGACAAGAAUGCCGAUGGCUCAUUAAGCGUCCGUAGCGAGACUUCAGUUCGAUACGUACCACUGACAAGCCGAGAAGCUCAGCUUCGGGGUUAUUAGUGGUAUGUGUUCACAGCAGGUACACAAUGCUAGGGGCUUGAUCUGGAUGGUAUGCCUGUGAUAUGUCAUAUGAAUCAAUGCCUCUUUCCCCGUCCAAGCGGAAAAAAGAAGGGUUAUGUCAAGAACUCAUCGCCUUUGUACAUAGAAGUUUGUUUUUCGUCCUUUGCAUGUAAUUAUUAGCAUAAAAUUUCAAUCUCUACUACCAAUAACAUGGUAAUUGCAUUCUUAUAUUAGCUGUACAUAUUUCAACUAA